AUGCGGUGUCUCCUCCUUCUAAGCGUUCUAUUUCAACCUAUUCGUUCAGUUUUGGAUGCUUCUUGGUGGUCAUCCGUUGCCCAGCUUUCCACCUCGCUAGCAGGCCAAACUGCGCGACCAGUGUGCUCUUUAAGAGGACUUUCACCGGGUCAGGCAAGGAUAUGCGACCUUUUCAAGGACCACAUGCCUGCUGUCGGCCAAGGAGCGCAAACUGCUAUUCAGGAGUGUCAAUAUCAGUUUAAAUCGAAUAGAUGGAACUGUUCGACGCCAUACGGUUCCGGAAUAGCUGGGCCUAUACAUAAAUUAGGAACACGAGAGGCCGCUUUCACAUAUGCGAUUCUCUCUGCAGGAGUUACACACGAGAUUGGAAGAAGAUGUAAACAAGGUCUACUUGCGUCAUGCGGUUGCUCAGAGGAGGCAAAGCCUAAAAAUGUGGCGGAUGACUGGACGUGGGGAGGAUGCGGGGACAACGUCGAUUACGGAUAUCGAUUCUCAAAGAAUUUUAUCGACAUUCGAGAGAAGGAAAAGGAUCCACGAAGAGAUCACGACCAGGGUAGAUCUCUAAUGAAUAGACGCAAUAACGAAGCUGGCAGAAAGAUUCUGAAGCGUCACACAGCACCAAAAUGCAAAUGUCACGGAGUUUCUGGAGCCUGUAAUUUGAAAACAUGUUGGAUGCAGUUACCAACAAUGCGCCAAGUCGGGAAUAUUUUGCAGAACAAGUACAAGAAUGCUAUUCGUGUGCAGGUUAACUCUCGUGGUAACCUUCAACUUGUUGCUGAUCAGCUUCCAAAAGAUCCCGGAGGCCGACGCAAAACAAGGGCUUUGCCCACGGAUCUUGUCUUUAUGGACGACUCACCCGACUACUGCCGGCAAGAUCGUGCUGCGGGAACACUGGGGACACAAGGACGAGUCUGCAGACGAGGAUCCGAUGGUCCGGACGGUUGUGAUUCGUUGUGUUGUGGACGAGGCUACAACACGUACACCGUUGAAGAAACCACAAAAUGCAACUGCAAAUUCGAAUGGUGCUGCAAGACGCGAAUCAUGGUUCUUCAACAAGUAGCAAUGAAUGUUUAUGCGCAAGGAGAUUUGGUAUCUGCUAUAGUGCUAUUUCGUCACGGUGCAAGAGCUCCAGUUGCACAAUAUACGGAUGAAAAAAUCAGAGCUAAAUUCCCAAAUGGACUAGGACAGUUGACAGCUGAAGGCAUUCAAGGAAACCGUGCACUUGGCAGGUAUCUUGAGGAAAGAUAUGUGACAGGCACUCAUUUUCUACGCGUACCAUUGCUACAGCGAGAAGUGUAUUUCCGAAGCAAAUCGAAUGAUCGCUGCUUAAUAUCGGGAUUGACGGUGGGAUCGCUUAUGUUCUCAUCUGGCGUGAAACCUGCAAUGAGUGCUGUCUCCAUGUACUCUUAUGAACAAGGAGAAGAUUUACUUGAUCAUCCGAGAGGCUGUCGCUACGAAAUGAGCAAACUAAGAAGUAUUUGUAAUAAGGAACCAGAUCCACACAUCACGUGGCCAGCCUUCGAAGCCUUCGUAUUUGAGUGCCUGGGCCUCAAAAGCACGUUGUUCACGGAACCAGGGUCGUUUGCGCGGGCCGAAUCUAUGAUUAAUGAGGACAAGAAUGGAAUUUAUGAAGGCGACGAAGAGUUUGCGAAAAUAAGAGAUGAACUUUAUACACUAUACCAAAAACAAGAUUGGAUACUACAAGCUGUUCUGAAUGGAAUUGGAGCGGCUCAACAAGCUAUUGGCGAAACCAUUCCCGAGUACAACGCCCUGAUAAUUUUUGAGCUGAAAAAGUUUCACAAUGGAUAUGGCAUUCAGGUCUUUUACAAGAAGGACACGAAGAAUGUCGAGGAAGACAUAACUAAAGCUGUUCGUCGGUGUAAUUCUUCACCUUGCCCGUUUGAAAUAUUUAUUGGUUGCUGCGAUGACUACAUUACCGAUAAUCCACUCGACAUAUGUGAAAAGGAAUACGCCUAG